UCUAUCAUUCUUGGGACAAAAACAUGGGGAUGUCCAGGGCAGGGGACAGGAGUACCACCAUCCACCCCACCUUAUCCCCUCUUUUCCCUAAGCAAACCUGCUCCCUGGUCUCUAACUCAAUAGCCUCACUGACUGCAGUAUGCCCCCAGGUGAAGACCAAGCCCUGCCACUGGGGCUGGAGAGCUGCAAGCCUGCUGUUAUUGCUGCUGGCACUGGCUACUGCAGGGGCUGUGGCUGGAGGGCUUCUUGGGUUUGCUCAUAGCCCUUCCAAGUCAUUGCUGCAGAUGCUCCGGCUGACCUUCCCAAGCCCCCAAGUGCCCUGGUCCAAUCAAACCACCAUCGUGGACGUGGCCCAGAAUAUGGCAACCAUUAUAGUGACUCCACCUCAGAGCAACCGCAGCUGGGCAGUGCUGUUCGACGGGCAGAGCGGCUGCAUCUGUUACCGCCCUGCAGAGCACCAGGCCUGCUUUCUCCGCCUGAUGGAGGCCCGAGAUCGGGAAACCCUGCAGCUGCUGAUGAACACCUCCAGGGCCCAAGGGUCUCUCAGCCAAGGUCAUGACACCCACCAUGCCCAGGAGCUGCUGGCAGUGCUUGGGAGCCAUACUGUGGAUCCUGCCCAGGUGGGGGCUUCAGUGCAGCACCUUUGUGCAAAGACCCCCAUCUACUGGGCCCGUCAAGCUGAGGGUGAGUUGGGGCAGGAUGUGUGGAGGGGCUGUGUGGCUCCUGCAGAACAAUCUACAGAACUGCGUAGGAGUGCUUUGGAAAUUCAUGAGUCUCCCUCCCACCCAGGGCCCCAGAGGCAGCGGCUGAUCUAUCUCUGCAUUGACAUCUGCUUCCCAAGCAACAUCUGUGUGUCUGUCUGCUUUUAUUACCUCCCAGACUAAGCCCUCUGCCUGGCCCAGCCUGGCCACUGCCCCAUGGACUACCCAUGGUCCCACAGGCUAGUUAAGUUGGCUGUGUCACCAGCACCUGGAGGGAAGCUGCUGACAGGGACUAAUAAACAAUUCCACCUGGC